GCGGGGGAGGCGAGAAGCGCCCGGCCGCCUGGGCCCACGAGGAGGGCGCGCGCAUAUGGGAGAUGCGGAAUGUGGAAAAAUGGCCAAAUCCCGGUGCGUGGGUGGCGGCUACACAGGAAAAGAACCUCUGACAUGAGACGAGGAGUCGUCGUAGGUGGUCGCCCUUGCCCUACUCGGUACCACGAUUCCAUCGCGUCCCAGCAUCCCCAACCCCGCUCCCGCCCUGUCCGUGGCCGUCUAGCGUCAGCUUCCGCUGUUUUUCUCGAGGCUGAGCUUGCCCUUAUCUGCGCGCCCCAACCCGCCUCGACGCUGUCCCUCUUCUUGCUGGCUUUUUUACCUUGCGCCACCGCCUACCAUGACCUUUGCCUCCCGCCUCGACAACCCCUUUGACACUACUCGAACAUUCAGGUCAUGAGUGUGACUGGCCUCGAGGUCUCGGUCGCCGUCACGGCCGUCGUGUCGGCCUUUCAGAGCGCCGCCGGCCUGGUGGAAAUCCUGAAGAAGCGACACUGGAGACGCCGCUCCGACGAGGCCUACAGGGAAAAGGCCCUGCUGGAGUCGUUGGAGGCUGGCGCCGUCCAGAUCGAGGACCGCUAUGCUGCCGACUGCAAGGAGCUUGGGCCCGAGAUGCGGACGGGCGAUGAUACCGCAAGGAACCGUCUUCUCCACAUUGCCAUUACCAUGCAGUGCGAGGUCAUUCGCAGCCUGCAGAUUGGUGUGCAGAAUGAAGCCGCUGUCAUCGACCUCACGGUCCUGCAUGAGACUGCCGUCAUGAAUAAGAGGGACGCCCUCACUGCCCUCGCAGAACUGCGUCAGCGUAUCUUCGCCGACUCGCCUGAAGAGGCGCCGCGCCCGAGUCGACCAGGCCUCGGUCUUCUGAGCUCGUCGAACAGCAGGAGCCCCAUGAGCAGUACCCCGAGAUUUAGGUCGUCAGCUGCCGGUCCCAAGAACUUGAAAAACUUGCCUUCAGCCGUUACGAUACCCAGUGAAGAAGAGUGCAAGAGCAGGCUUUCGAGAGUGCUCUCGCAUAAACGAACGUCUUUUGCAAUGUCUCGGAAGCCUGACAGCAGGAAACUGUCUUCGCAAGCGGGCGUAGCAGGCGAUAUGCAGUGGUUCGCAUAUAAAACGCCAGACAACUCGCCAGCAUCACUUCACGAAUUGCCAGCUGAAGUCCCGCAGAGGCUGCGCACUUGCGUCGAGCUUCCACCGCCGGCUUACUCUCCGGUAAACCCUGCUGCCACGCCUCAGAGAAAGAAGAGCCCUGAAUCUGACUACUUCCCGGAUAACCCGCGGCCUGUUCACCCACUUGAGAGGGAGUUGUCUCCGUCCCCGAACGAAGAUACCCCCAGACAAGAUUCUGAUGCGCUUCCCUCGGACUACUACACACACAAACAGCUUAACGCUGCAAUUAUGAACUGGACGGGAGGUCUAAAAAACUCGCAAGCCAACAACAACCAUGACGACAGGACAAAUGAACGCGUGAGCAGAAACACAUCGGCCUCGACUGAGAGUCGACACUCCAAUCCGCACGACAUGUCGGCGGCUUCGUCGAAUCAGAGCAGUAGUAGUCGCGCCUCGACAUGCCCAACGCCUGUCGACUCAACUCGUCAUAGCUGCAGUUCUGCCCCAAACAGCCCUUCCGAGACGCCAUCAUCGAAUGAGCUCACACCAACUCUCUCCCCGCAGACGCUCACAACCUAUCCGACGCAUCGUUCUUGGACCUCCGAAAGUUCAUUUAACUCCAACCUCAGUCGCGUCUCAACCAUACCCCGUGCUCCCAUCUCAAUCACAUCACGCCCACCGCUUCCUCGUCUCGGCCGCCCCUGCAAGGAAAACAACUACUGGAACUUCUGUAAAGGUGCGUGGUCGCUUUGUGAAGACUUCAAAAAAGGCCUCGAGCUGCGCACCAAACCUAUCGGGAUGUACACAUCAGCACUGGUGUGGCAAUGUCGCACCUGCGCCUUCGAAGGCCCCAGCUUCGGUGCCAAAAAGCCGUACAGCGUGGACCCGCGCGCACAUGAGCUGGCCGUCUCCCUCACGAGCAUGGGACCCGACGGCCCGCACCCAGGCACGCGCGUUAGCUUCGGUGGCGGCGACGGCGGCGCCACGCCCCGCCCCAUCGCGCCCUCGGAGGGCCGCGUGCGCUACCGCUGGAUCUUCCUCGCAAAGUCACAUGCACGUGCGCGCGCCCCCCGCGUCGAGAUGGCGCGGCACAGCAGCACGGGGAGCGCGGGAGCGGCGGCGCGUGGCGCUGUCGCGGGUGACCGGCCCGGGUAUAGCUAUGGGUGCACCUUGUGCUGCGCGGAGGGGAGAUUGACGGCUGUAUUUGGCACCGCGGAAACGCUGCUGCGACAUGUUUAUCUGGAACAUGGGGGCAGGGGCGUCAGUAAGGAGGUUUGCGAACGCACGAAGUGCGUGGUCGGGCGGUGGGCGGGCAGGGAUGAGGAGUGGGAGGUUAAUAUUCUGGGACCAAAGGCUGAUGAUGGGGAAGGAGGGUUUUCGAUGGGCUUGGGGAUGGGGAUGGGGAUAGAGGAGGGGGCGAGGGUGUUGGGUGUUAGUCCUGGUGCUGGUGGUAAGGAUGGUGCGGUGAGGGGGGUUGGCGAGGGCGUCGUCGAGUGUCAGAUCCCGCCGGGGUUGAAGGGCGAGGAGUUUCAGAUUCCUCCUGGGUUGGGGGGGCUGAUGAAUUAAAAAGGCCGUGGGUGGGUGGCGUGGGAAGGGGUGUUGGAUGGGCUGUUGGUGGGUAGUGUGUGUUUGAUGGUGUUUUGGUUUGGUUUGGUUAGGGGUGGGUGGGUUUUGGGUCCUUCAUUCCCCUUCUUUCUUUUCUGUGAUACCCGAGUAUUUAUUAUGAUUGUGAUAUAUAUAUAUAUAUACAUAUAUACUACGACUAUGACUACGAUGAUUUAUGUAUACCUAAAGAGCUGGGGUCAGAUGGGUGGGUGAUGUUGUUAUUGAUUGCGUUAGUU